AUGGAACGAGACACGAAAGCCCAAUUGACUCAAGAUCUUGAGAAGACAGAGAACAGGGAGGAAAAAAAUGGCGGCCGUGAAUUCAACACAAGGUCGAUGCUCACCCUUGUCGGUGCCGCCAUGUCAACCUUCUGCACGGUUGGCUUCCUCAAUGCGUUCGGCGUCUUCAUAAACUACUAUCGAACACAUCAAUUGGCCGACAUGUCCGAGUUUGACAUAACCUGGAUUGGCUCGUUCGCGACCUUUAUCUUUUUCCUCUCCGCGGCGCCAGCAGGCUUGUUGGUCGAUCGAAUGGGCCCUACGAUUCUCCUCAUUAUAGGUGGCAUUAUGACCCUCCUGGCCAUGUUUAUGGUCUCUUUGUGUCACAAAUAUUACCAAUUUUUCCUGGCACAAGGACUUCUCCUGGGCGCCGGGCAAGCAUUUCUCGUCUGCCCCACGCUGGCCAUGGUGAGCUCUCACUUUCACAAGAACCGCGGCUUGGCCACCGGCUUCACCAUAGCAGGGUCCUCCCUGGGUGGCGUGAUAUGGCCUAUAAUGGUGGAUCAACUUCUGAACAAGGAUGGCGUCAGUUUCGGCUGGACAAUGCGUAUCGUUGCCUUUACAAUGCUUCCGCUCGUGGUCAUCACCUGCGCCACCGUCCUUCCGCCAGCGGCAGAGAAGCCAAAGACUGAGGAAAAUUCCCCAGCACCCAGCAAAAAGGAGCCAAAGAAAACAGACCUGUCGAUCGUCAAGAAUCGUGUCUUCCUCACCUUUUGUCUGGGCAUCGGGAUUUAUUACCUGGGGAUGUUCUCCCCUUUCUUCUUUGUGACCUCGUACGCCGUCAGCGUUGGUCAAUCCACCAGUUUCGGGUUCUACCUGGUCUCCAUCCUCAACGCCGCCUCUCUGUUUGGAAGAAUCUCCGCCGGCUGGGCUGCCGAUAGAUACGGACAUUUCAAUUUGUGCUCAGUAGCCGCCAUGACAUCCGCGUUGGUUGCAUACUGCUGGACCGCCGCCCAAACAUCAGCGGGCUUGGUGGUGUGGAGCUUGGCGUAUGGAUAUGCUUCGGGUUCAAUUAUGAGUCUCCAGGUGGCGUGCGGGACGAAGCUAGCAUCGCCAGAAGCCUAUGGCACUGCGGUUGGCAUGAUCAUGGGAAUUGUCUCUGUCACUGGUCUCUUCGGUUCUCCCAUCAGCGGCCAGCUGAUCAAGUCCAGCUACCUCGCCCUUUCCAUGUACGCUGGAAGUGCACUGGUGGUCGGCGGGCUUUUCAUUUGUCUUGCACGACUGCAGCUCUCUCGGAAGCUGUUGGCCGCUGUCUGA